AUGUCAAUUAACAUUGGAAUCAUAGGGUUAGGACUUGUAGGCUCAGAAUUUAUUACUCAAUUAGCCGAAUAUUUAUCAAAAAAUAUAAAACCUACUUUCUCAGUUGUAGCUUUAAAGAAUUCCAAAAAACAAUUAUUAAGUGAUGAUAAAUAUGCACCCUUAAAUUUGACAACGUGGAAGGUUGAUUUAGAAAAUAAAGGAGAAUCUUCAAAUCUUGAAAGUUUCCUUGAUUAUCUUUCUUCUAAUUCCCUUCCGACUGUCCUAGUAGAUAACACUUCAAGUCAAGAAAUCGCCAACAAGUAUCCAUAUUUUCUUAAAAAAGGAUUGCAUAUCAUCACACCUAAUAAAAAACCAUUUUCGAGCGAUACUGCUUUGUUUAAAGAGAUAAUCAAAGUUUCAGAAGAAACAAAAAAAUUUGUUUAUAAUGAAUCGACAGUUGGAGCAGGAUUGCCUAUUAUCAGUACAAUCAAAGAUUUGAUUAGAACUAAUGACAAGAUAUUGAAGAUUGAAGGGAUUUUUAGUGGAACGUUAAGUUAUAUUUUUAAUGAGUUUUCAAAGUCGGGAAAUGACGAAGUAUUGAAAAAGUUUUCAGAUAUUGUUAAGAUCGCCAAAGAAAAUGGUUAUACCGAACCUGAUCCGCGUGACGAUUUAAAUGGAUUAGAUGUAGCUCGCAAGGUUAUAAUCUUGGGUAGAUUUUGUGGAUUAGUAGAUUUAAGUUUAGAAACAUUAUCAGUUGAAAAUAUUGUACCUGAACCAUUACAAAAAGUUAUUACUACUGAUGAAUUUUUGGAGAAAUUGCCAGAAUUUGAUCAACACUUUACAGAUUUAAACAAUUCAUCAAAUUCCAAGAAUCAAGUGUUAAGAUAUGUUGGUUUGAUUGAUUUUAAUAAAAACCAAAGUUGUGUGAAAUUACUUAGUUUACCAUCAACUCAUCCUUUUUCAUCUUUAAAAGGUAGUGACAACAUUAUUGCAAUCACUACUAAAAGAUUUACCAACCCAUUAAUUAUUCAGGGUGCAGGUGCAGGUGCUAGCGUAACGGCCUUUGGUAUUUUUUCAGAUUUAUUUAAAAUAAUUGAUAGAAUUUUAUCCUGA